AUGGGCGGCGGGCGGGCGCUGUGCCCGCUGCUGGCCACAGCCCUGCUGCCCACUGCCCUGCUGGCCACCGCCCUGCUGGCCGCACACGCCUUCCCCCAGACCAACAUCAAGAUCAGCCAAGCCAUGCCUGAGCCUGUCCACGCCUACUCCUGCCCGCUCUUCUGGACGGAAUACGAAGGCCACUGCUACCGGUACUUCCCCAUCAAUAAAACCUGGGCUGAAGCCGACCUCUACUGUGCCGAGUUCUCCAUCGGCAUCAGAUCAGCCAAGCUGGCCUCCAUCCACAGCUGGGAAGAAAACGUCUUUGUGUACGACCUGGUGAACAGCCGCGUGCCCGGCAUCCCCACCGACAUCUGGACAGGACUCAACGACCUACGGCAGGAGGGUCACUUUGAGUGGACAGAUGGCUCCUCCUUCGACUACCACUACUGGGAUGGCAGCCAGCCUGACGAUGGGAUCCACUCCAUCCCGGAGGAGGAGGACUGCGUGCAGAUCUGGUACAGACACAGCAGUGCACUGCGCUCCUGGAACGACAACGCCUGUGGCAGAUCCUUCCCCUUUGUCUGCAAGAUCCCCUCCCUGGCCCUGGACUGAGGCUACUGGUGCUGCCC